AUGACUAAUACAGGUAGUAGGGAUGAUGAAAGGAGGGCUCGCCAAGAAGCCGAGAUCCGAGGAAGAAAUGACUUCACUCUACAAGCUAUGCACCAACAAUUCGAAAGAUGGACCUUGCAAUUUCAAGAGAUCAAGGAUGCCAUUGCUGAACAAAAUGAGACAAUAGCUGAACUUAGGAGGGGAGGUCAACAUGUUGUACAACCACAAAAUAAUCCUAGGCCUCAAAAUAGAAGAAAUAUGCCCCAUGGCCCCAUUGUAAAUCAAGAAAACCCUAUAGAUGAUUUUGUUGAUGAUCUUGAUGUAAAUCUAGAUAGGGUAGGGAGAGAUAGGAGGGGACAACGAGGAAGAGUGGAAGAUGAUAACAUCAAUAGCAUAAAGAUGAAGAUGCCAACUUUCAAGGGCACAAGAGAUCCAGACUUGUACCUUGAUUGGGAGCGGAAAGUUGAAGCCAUUUUUGAUUGUCACAACUAUUCUGAAGCUAAGAAGGUAAAACUUGCCGUUGUUGAAUUUUCUGACUAUGCUUCUAUUUGGUGGAAAAAGCUUACAAGGGAUAGACAACAAGAUGGAGAACCACCCAUUGCUACUUGGGCUGAGAUGAAGAGAGUCAUGAAGAAGAGGUUCGUGCCUUCCCACUUUCAAAGAGACCUACAAAUGCGUCUUCGAAGAUUGGAGCAGGGAACCAUGACUGUUGAUGAAUACUUCAAAGCUAUGGAUAUGGCUAUGAUCCAAGCUAAUUGUGUAGAAGAUGAAGAGGCCACUAUGGCUAGAUUUCUUAAUGGUUUAAAUAAAGAAAUAGCUGAUGUAGUAGAGAUACAACAAUAUGUAACUUUAGAUGAGUUAGUGGACAUGGCUGUAAAAUUAGAAAAGCAAAUUAAAAGAAAGCAGCAAGCUAGCUCAUGGAGGAGUCAGCCAAACACCAAUUCAAAGAAGCCAUGGCCGAAACAAGAUGUGACUUCUAGGCCUCAAGAAGGCAAGGGGAAGGCCAAAGUAGAUGAAAAGGAGGGAGCUUGUCAUAUCUUGCUUGGUCGUCCAUGGCAGUUCGAUAGGAAUACUUUUCAUGAUGGAAGGAAGAACAGAUAUUCACUUGAGCUUAAUGGCAAGAAGUAUACUCUUGCGCCUUUAACACCUUCUCAGGUGUUUGAAGAUCAAAAGAGAUUGAGGGAAUCAAUGGGAAAACAAAGGGGACAGAAAAAAGGAAAAAAAGAAAGUUUUGGUGAGAGGAAAGAGGCUAAGGGAAAGAAAAAAGAGAGUCUCUAUAUAAAAGCCAAAGAGUGUUUGAAUGCAAGAAAAGAGGGACAGCCCAUAAUACUACUUACUUACAAAGAAGUCUUGAUUAAUUCUGAGCUACUUACUUCUUCUUUGCCAAGUAGUGUUUUUUCUCUUUUGCAGGACUUUGAUGAUAUCUUUCCUGAAGAUAUUCCUAAAGGUCUUCCACCUUUGCGUGGAAUUGAACACCAAAUUGACUUUGUGCCUGGUGCACAGAUUCCAAAUAGGCCUGCUUAUAGGAGUAAUCCUGAAGAGACAAAGGAGUUGCAAAGGCAGGUUGAAGAGUUGCUUAAAAAAGGGUUUGUGCGAGAGAGCUUGAGUCCUUGCUCAGUUCCUGUUCUAUUGGUGCCCAAAAAAGAUGGAUCUUGGAGGAUGUGCGUGGAUUGUCGAGCUAUCAACAAGAUUACGGUAAAGUAUCGUCAUCCUAUUCCUCGUCUUGAUGACAUGUUGGAUCAAUUGCAUGGGUCCAAAAUCUUUUCUAAAAUUGAUCUAAAAAGUGGUUACCAUCAGAUUCGAAUGAAUCCUGGAGAUGAAUGGAAAACUGCUUUUAAGACCAAAUAUGGGCUUUAUGAGUGGUUAGUUAUGCCUUUUGGCUUGACUAAUGCACCCAGCACGUUCAUGAGAUUGAUGAAUCAUGUUUUUAAGGAUUUUCAUGGAAAGUUUGUGGUGGUUUAUUUUGAUGAUAUCUUGAUCUUUUCUAAAACUCUAGAUGAGCAUGUAGAACACCUAAAACAAGUUUUUGAAGUUCUUAGAAAACAACAAUUGUUUGCUAAUCUCAAAAAGUGUGCCUUUUGUGUGGAUCGUGUGGUAUUCUUGGGUUUUGUGGUCAGUUCUAAGGGAGUUGAGGUUGAUGAAGAGAAAAUCAAGGCAAUUAGAGAGUGGCCUAAACCUAAGAGUGUAACUGAGGUUAGAAGUUUUCAUGGGCUUGCUAGUUUUUAUAGGAGAUUUGUUAGAGAUUUUAGCACCAUUGCUGCUCCUCUAACUGAAGUUAUCAAGAAAGAUAAGGGUUUUACAUGGGGGAAAGACCAAGAUGAUGCUUUUAACUUGUUGAAAGAAAAAUUAUGUUCUGCUCCUCUUUUGCAAUUACCUAAUUUUUCUAAGUCUUUUGAGGUUGAAUGUGAUGCUUCUGGAAAAGGAAUAGGUGCUGUU